AUGGACAACGUUCCGGAUCCUGAGGUAGCACUCGCCCCAACUGUGAUCAUGGCCCGGAACAAGGAUGGGCCACGGUUAAACGUGAGACUGUAUGCCGCCAUCCACGGAACGCUCAAUCCUUCAGAUAAAGUGCCGUGCUCUCUCCUCGUGUUCAAAUUCAACAUGUCUGUCAUGAGUGGGAAAAGCCGACUCAAAGCAGUCGAUAUCAGGAUAUUAUUUGACAGUGUUGGAGUCGAGGAGCGAGGCCCGGGGGUCAUGACCCUCGCGCCUCAAGGCACCCUGACCCUCCCCAGUCUGUCCCCCGACACCGGUGGCUUCAGACUGGAGAGAUCGCUCACGCAGGACAUGCGGAGGGGAAUGCGACUCCAGGGCGCAGCUCGAUUUGUAAAAGUGGACUGGGGUCUUCCAGAUUCGGUGUCUUGGAAGCUUUCCGAAGACAGCCAGUUGCAGCAUGGUGUUUCUGGAUCCUUCACCGGUGCUGUUCUGCUCAGGCGACAAAACGACCAGCAGUUUACUGCCAGAAUAGAAGUGAAGGCCGUGACGACAAGACCGCUCAUGUCAUUUGCCCGCCUCUCCCAAGGCACAAUGGAAUUUGAUCCUACCCGUUCCCUCAUGCCAGAGCAAGGAUUUAAUGACUGGGCAGACCACCUGGGAGACGUGGAUCUCAAUGCUCUCGCAUCCCUUAGGACCGACGAGGGUCCGAGUCUGAUUCCUGCGAUACCCCAGCCGCCACCGCCAGAGGAGCCUCCAAGACCUCCUACCCCAGUCCCUGACUCGCCGCCGGCUGUGGAACCCGUGCCAGUCGAGCCACCUCCCCAAGUCGAAAGUCCUGUUGCAAAUAAAGCCUCCGACUUAAGUGUGGAAGAGCAAGAGUUUGAUGCAGCAUAUGGGCUUGAAUGGCAAGGAAUUCCCAAGAGUGACAAGAAUCGAAUAUUUGCCAGCUUCGCCAGCGGAGGAUUCGGUGCAGUGGAGAACAGCAUGCGAUUCCGGCGUUUCAGACCGCUUCAUCUCUUGAGCCUCUUCACGUACCAACAGAGACUUGUGGAUCUCGAGCAGGGUGUUCGAGACCACAGGGUCCUUUCAGACGACGACCAUAACGCCCUGGCGAAGCUGUUGAGAGAAUACGCCGAGGCGCUCCGAAUGUUCAAGGAGCUCGAAGGGUGGGCGAGUCCGUCCGCAACAGAUGCCGAAUAUACCGCCAAGGUGUUUCAAGCCAUGCUGGCGGAUGACCGUUACCAGUUCAAGAAUGCGCAAGAGAUGGUCGACCUUAAUCUCACAACCAGCGUUGAUUCCGUCCGGAACGCCGUCGCAACAGGUCUCAUGUCGUUUCAUCGUAUCCACGAAGGAGGGCUUUCUGCCUGGCUUUGGCGUUGGCGUAGGUUCUGGCAACGGCGCCCUCAGGAGGACCCGGUUUCGUUCUCGCGGCUCGUUCCCCCGGAAGUCAGGCCCCGCGAAAUCGCGAAUGCGGCCGACAGUCUGGCCCGAUUCAUCGUUGCAGGGGCCGGGGUGGUAUUCCUGGUGGCGCCGUUGUACAACUUGGUCUACGUAUCAGCCUUGAAGUACCAACUCAUGUCCGUCGUGCUCUGGUUGUUCGUAUUCGCUAUAAGCUUGGCUGCAUCGAGUAGCGUGUCCAACCAGGAGCUUCUGGCUGCAAUCGCAGGGUAUGCUGCAGUCCUCGUUGUCUUCGUGGGCCAAGGUCCAAGUGCUUAG